CUGCUGUACAAAUCUGGCCAAGUCUUACACAGUAAACAUGUUGACGUGAAGGAAGUUAACUACCAGAACACCCCCCUCCCCCUUUCAGGAUUCCACAGGGGAGGAGCUGAGGGGAAGGAAAGGACAUACUUCAGUCCACAUCUCACAGAACUUUCCACUGUGCCUGCAACCUGGUCAGAGAGGAAGUUUUACCUGUGCACCCCUUCUCUGAGGAUGGACAGUUCUCAUACUACAAAGUCCUGUUUACUCAUUCUUCUUGUGGCCCUACUGUGUGCAGAAAGAGCUCAGGGGCUGGAGUGCUACCAAUGCAUGGGGGUCCCAAUUGGGACUUCCUGCCCAUCAGUUACCUGCUCCUACACUGAUGGAUUCUGCAUUUAUCAGGAGGCAGAAGUUACUGAGGGUGAAGAUUUCCUGCUGCAAGGAAGACCUCUGCAAUGCCGCAGUUCCCACUGCAGGCAGCACCUGGACCAUGGCAGGGGUGCUUCUGUUCAGCCUGAGCUCAGUCCUCCUGCAGACCUUGCUGUGAUGGCCCUUCCAACGACCCCCACCCUUGUCCUUUUAUCCUCCUGUGUCACCUCUGCUUCCUGGAGCCCUCUACUGAUGAGUUAUGAGUUACAGAAGCUCUGAGGUCGGAGUAGGGGGUGGAACACCUUGCUUCAACUUUAUAGCCCUGCUGGGUGGGUGCCACACUGCUCUCUUGGGCUUUCAGAUCUGACUUCCUGGAAUAUGAUUUUGUUUUGGCUUGCUAACCUUGGCCUUGUAGGCAUGUGGCCAGCACAGAGAAGAGGCAGAAUUCCAAGGUAUUAUGCCACCACCAUCUAAACAUAAACAUAUGGAGUCCUGCAGGGUUCCCACUUGUGCAGUUCAAUGCCCCCCUGUUGAGUCCAAUAAACCCUUUGUUCUCCCA